AUGAUAGCGCACAUCCUCGCCCCGAUUGCCUCGCUCAACACCUACCUUCUCACCACGCAGCUGCACCCGACCCUUAUCCCUUUCCCGCUGUUGCCAUGCUUGCACGCUGCUCGCGUCAGCCUGGCCUUCCGCGGCAUCGUCGCAGGGGCGCGUAAGCGGUACUCGCUUGCGAAUGGAGGCAAAGAGGCGCCAAAAAUGGGGCUGCUGCAGGACCUUGGCGGGUUCCUCAUCAUGGCCUGGGGAGGAAGCUUUAUCGUCUACUACCUUGUCCACGCCACGCCACCCCAACUGCUUUCCAUCUACCCGCUGCUCAAUUAUCUUGGUGUCCAUCUCUUGAUCGGCUGUCUGCUUACAAUGAUCAAAGCGCCCUCAGCCGCCAUGCUCGACACCGCACUACCGCUUCUAGACGGUGCGACACGCGCACAUUCCAUCGUAGUCGGGCUCUCCCUACCCUCUCUCGUCACGAAGUCCAGCGCUGUCUCCAACCCGGCCGCUGCGUUUGCAUUGACGGAGUCGUGGACCUUCGCCCUCCUGCUGGGAACAAUCUCCGCGAGCGGCGGCGGCCAACUAGCGGGCAUGCUUGGCGUAUUCAAUCCGGAUGGCUGGGCGCUAAGCGUGCCUCCGUUCUUGCGGGCACGCACGCUGAUCGACUGCGUCGACAUCUGGGCACCGCUUCUUGGCGCGAUCGCCCACCAGACCUUCACGCUCGCCCAUCCAGUCUACGUACCCGUUAUGCAGUUCCUCAACGCUGGAAAGGCGCAACCGAUGCUCUCGCCCACGGGCGCGAAAGCGCUAACCACCCUUGUCGUCGCUAUUGCCUUCGCGUGGCGUGCGACCAUGCUCCAUUGGACGGGCGACAGCACCAGCAGUGUCUCAAAGGCUCCAGCAGCAGCCUUCAAGAGCAAGGUGCGAGUACCCGGGCAAACAGGAAAAGGCGCCAAUGAGCGGACAGAUGCCUGCCAUCAUGUAAGAUCUGCCCUUACAUAAGUACAUGAAUAGGAAAUACAACACUCUC